GUUAUUUUUUUGUUCCCCGAUAGUCACCUCCAGCAAAUGGAACCAGGAAAUGAUACACAAAUUUCAGAAUUUUUUCUUCUGGGAUUUUCAGAGGAACCAGAAUUACAGCCCCUCAUCUUUGGGCUCUUCCUCUCCAUGUACCUGAUCUCUGUUUUGGGGAACCUGCUCAUCAUCCUGGCCGUCAGCUCUGACUCCCACCUCCAUACACCCAUGUACUUCUUCCUCUUCAACCUGUCCCUUGUAGACAUCUGCUUCACCUCCACCACCGUCCCCAAGAUGCUGUGGAACAUCCAGACUCAGAGCAAAGUCAUAACCUAUGAGGACUGCAUCACACAGAUGCACUUCUUCAUACUCUUUGCAGGAUUAGACAUCUUUCUCCUGGCCGUGAUGGCCUAUGACCGCUUUGUGGCCAUCUGUCACCCCCUGCACUACACAGUCAUCAUGAACCCCCGGCUCUGUGGACUGCUACUUCUCGUGUCCUGGAUCAUGAGUCUCCUGAAUUCCUUGUUACAGACCUCAAUGGUGUUGGGACUGUCCUUCUGUGCAGAGGUGGAAAUCCCCCACUUUUUCUGUGAACUCAGUGAGAUGGUCCAACUUGCCUGUUCUGACACCUUUCUUAAUAACUUGAUGAUAUAUCUUACAUCUAUGCUGCUGGCUGGUGCUUCCCUAGCUGGGAUCCUUUACUCUUAUUCUAAGAUAGUUUCCUCCAUACGUGGGAUCUCGUCAGCUCAGGGCAAGUAUAAAACAUUUUCCACCUGUGCAUCUCACCUCUCGGUUGUCUGUUUAUUUUACUGUACACUGUUAGGAGUGUACCUUAGCUCCGCUGCCACCCAGAGCUCCCACUCCAGUGCUGUAGCCUCAGUGAUGUACACGGUGGUCACGCCCAUGCUGAACCCCUUCAUCUACAGCCUGAGGAACAGAGACAUAAAGAGGGCUCUGAAAAGAAUUGUUGGGGUUCCAGCAAUGUAA